AUGGCUCGCUCUACUUGGCAGCUGGUACUUGCCUCCUUGGCUGUGGCUGCAGCAGACCCCAGCCCUUGUUGCAAGUCUUGUGAGCUGCCGAAGGUGAAGGUCUUCAGCACAGAUGCGAAGCAUGGCUACUGUGGCGAGGCCUGCAUGGACCCAAAGAACUUCAACUUGUUUCACAAGUUCGAGGCCAACUUGACCAUUGCCACGGAGGAGCAUCCUUGCAGCAAGCAGUGGACCCCUCUCAACGACAAGCAGUACACGGACUACUUCGACACCGUAACUCACGGCUUGGGUCCUAUCUCAUGCACCUUGGACCUGUAUGCCCCGACGGACAUGCCCAAGCAUGCCUGCUGCAAUGCACCACUCAUUCCAGCGAUUGGCUGCCCUGGCUUCCUUCACAAGCCAACCUCUGUCCUGAUUGAUGGAACGGGUCCGUUCUGCUGCCCGGAGGGUGCCACCCCAACGCAACCCUGUGGAAACCAGAGCCUCCCGGUACUUUCUUCUGAUUCACCAGUUAUCGUCUAA